ACGGGGCCCCCGAGCAAUAGGAGAUCAUGGGGCCCCUGUGUCCUUGCUCAAACUCAAAAAAGCCUCAGAAAUAUGGGACAGCAAGGAUAUAAAUCCAAUGUGGACGCAGGGCAGAGAUCCAGGCAUAGCGAAGGGACAAAUGGCAUAAUGAUGCAGCAAGGAUUGGACAGGAGCAGGGGCGGACUGACAACUCAUGGGGCCCCCGGGCAAUAGGGGAUCAUGGGGCCCCUGUGUCCUUGCCCAAACUCAAAAAAGACUAUGAAAAAGGUACCAGGGGCAUCUCAUGGGGCCCCGAACUGACCCCGGGCCCUCGGGCAGUGCCCGAGUUUCCAAAUGGUCAGUCCACCCCUG